CGGCUGGGCAGGAUUCCGGACAACGCCUGGUUCCUCUCGGGUCCUUCCGGCGUCGCCGGAGUGAAUUGAUCCGGGAGUUGAAGAGGGCUGCAAAGGUGGGAAGUGAAGUCAGUGCCUCAGUUGCUGCUUUCUCCUCUAAAUCUUGGUCUCUUGUUUGGAAGUGACUAACAACGUUUUGGCAUGAGAAAAUCCUAAAAAGAUCAGUGUGUUUUGUGUCCAAUUCUUUUAUCAUCAAAAAAGAGAAGAAAUAAUUGCAGUGAAUGAAGAUUCCUCUGCAUUUUAGCACUGCUUUUUCAACUGUAGUUGGCUUUUGAAUGAGGAUGACAAUGGAAGAGAUGAAGAAUGAAGCUGAGACCACAUCCAUGGUUUCUAUGCCCCUCUAUGCAGUCAUGUAUCCUGUGUUCAAUGAGCUAGAACGAGUAAAUCUGUCUGCAGCCCAGACACUGAGAGCCGCUUUCAUUAAGGCUGAAAAGGAAAAUCCAGGUCUCACACAAGACAUCAUUAUGAAAAUUUUAGAGAAAAAAAGUGUAGAAGUUAACUUCACGGAGUCCCUUCUUCGUAUGGCAGCUGAUGAUGUAGAAGAGUAUAUGAUUGAGCGACCAGAGCCAGAAUUCCAAGACCUAAACGAAAAGGCACGAGCACUUAAACAAAUUCUCAGUAAGAUCCCAGAUGAGAUCAAUGACAGAGUGAGGUUUCUGCAGACAAUCAAGGAUAUAGCUAGUGCAAUAAAAGAACUUCUUGAUACAGUGAAUAAUGUCUUCAAGAAAUAUCAAUACCAGAACCGCAGGGCACUUGAACACCAAAAGAAAGAAUUUGUAAAGUACUCCAAAAGUUUCAGUGAUACUCUGAAAACGUAUUUUAAAGAUGGCAAGGCAAUAAAUGUGUUCAUAAGUGCCAACCGACUAAUUCAUCAAACCAACUUAAUACUUCAGACCUUCAAAACUGUGGCCUGAAAGUUGUAUAUGUUAAGAGAUGUACUUCUCAAUGGCAGUAUUGAACUGCCUUUAUCUGUAAAUUUUAAAGUUUGACUGUAUAAAUUAUCAGUCCCUCCUGAAGGGAUCUAAUCCAGGAUGUUGAAUGGGAUUAUUGCCAUCUUACACCAUAUUUUUGUAAAAUGUAGCUUAAUCAUAAUCUCACACUGAAGAUUUUGCAUCACUUUUGCUAUUAUCAUUCUUUUAAGAAUUAUAAGCCAAAAGAAUUUACGCCUUAAUGUGUCAUUAUAUAACAUUCCUUAAAAGAAUUGUAAAUAUUGGUGUUUGUUUCUGACAUUUUAACUUGAAAGCGAUAUGCUGCAAGAUAAUGUAUUUAACAAUAUUUGGUGGCAAAUAUUCAAUAAAUAGUUUACAUCUGUUAAACA